AUGAAUAUUUCUUCUGAUAGUUUCACACCAAAAGGGAUUUUCAUCGAUCUCAAGAGAAACGAUAUUGAUUUCAAGAAGUUUCUCUGUUGCAGGAAAGAUCGUCCAAAAGUCGCGGACAUUGACUUGACCUUGUGUACACAUUUCAUUUUGAUUGGAUCGUGUAAGCUCGAUGAUAACUGUCAAGUAAUACUGCCUUCUGCAGAAAUUUUCGACGAAAUCAAUAAAUUGAAGAAAUCGCAAAAUGCGGAUCCGGAAGUAUUAUUCUCAUUAACACCAAACAACAAAUGUAUGUCAAAAGUGGUUCUAAGUUCCAACAUGACGAAUCAGUUGAUCACAAAAGUCACCGAGUUCAUAGAGGACAAUUCAGUGGAUGGUUUCGAUAUCGAUUGGGAAUUUCCGGUUUGGAGUUCAGAUGCAAAACCGACAGAUAAAAAAGGAUUUAUCGAUUUCCUUAAGGCACUGAAAGAAGAAUUCGACAAGAGUGAACGAAAAAUUCUGAUCACGGUGGCCGUUGCAGCGGCAUACACAAUUGUAGAGAAGGCCUAUGAUGUGGACGGUUUGAACAAUUAUGUGGAUUAUGUGCAAAUAAUGAAUUACGAUUUUCAUAUGUACUCAAAAUGGCAACCAUUCACUGCAUUCAACGCACCACUCUUCAAGAAGAACGUUGAAAUCGGAAUCGUUGGACGACUGAAUUCGGACUAUUCAACGCGAUUUUGGCUAUCGCAUGGAUUGCUAGCCAACAAAACCGUGUUCGGUUUGCCAACAUACGGUCGCGGAUUUACGCUCAUGAAUCAACUCCUGCAUUUCGUUUACGCACCUGCCAGUGGACCAUCCGAGUAUGGUGAUAGCUACGAGUUCACAACGAUAUGUAAUCUAACAGAAUCAUCUGAUUACAAGUAUGUUUAUGAUACGGAAUCGCGAUGUCCAUAUUUAUAUGGUGGG